AUGCAGAAGGCAGGAGGAGGAGGAGGCAGUGGGACUGUAACAGAGAUGUCCCUGUUAAUCCUGUGUUUGAAGAGUGCAGGCGGACAAGCAGCCCGGUGCAUUCUGUUCCAGCUCCCCUCACUUGCCGUGCGAAAGUGGGCAUCUGUCCAGGACGGGUGGUGCCGGCUCAGCGCGCCUGGUCUCCAGUGCGCCUCCUCGGUCCAGUACAUCCUGCACCAGCUCUACGCGCUGUAUCUCCGUGACAGUCUACUGUCCGGAGCCUCCACCAACGGUCGGCAGUCCGGAGCAUCCAGCGACAGUCGGCAGUCCGGAGCAUCCAGCAACGGUCGGCAGCCCGGAGCCUCCAGCGACGGUUCCCAGUCGAGAGCCUUCUGCAGCGAUCUACGGUCCGGAGUCCCCGGCGAUGAUCCACGGUUCGAUUCCUCCAGCGAUGAUUCACGGUCCGGAGCUUCCGGCGACGAUCCCCGCACCACUGAAUCCUUCUGCUCCACCAUCUACACCUCUCCACUGCCCUUCUGUUCCACCAUCUACACCUCUCCACGGCCCUUCUGUUCCAUCUACACCUCUCCACAGUCCUUCUGUUCCACCAUCUACACCUCUCCACGGCCCUUCUGUUCCACCAUCUACACCUCUCCACGGCCCUUCUGUUCCACCAUCUACACCUCUCCACAGCCCUUCUGUUCCACCAUCUACACCUCUCCACAGCCCUUCUGUUCCACCAUCUACACCUCUCCACAGCCCUUCUGUUCCACCAUCUACACCUCUCCACAGCCCUUCUGUUCCACCAUCUACACCUCUCCACAGCCCUUCUGUUCCACCAUCUACACCUCUCCACAGCCCUUCUGUUCCACCAUCUACACCUCUCCACAGUCCUUCUGUUCCACCAUCUACACCUCUCCACGGCCCUUCUGUUCCAUCUACACCUCUCCACAGCCCUUCUGUUCCACAUCUACACCUCUCCACAGCCCUUCUGUUCCAUGCUCUACACCUCUCCACAGCCCUUCUGUUCCACCAUCUACACCUCUCCACGGCCCUUCUGUUCCAUCUACACCUCUCCACAGCCCUUCUGUUCCACCAUCUACACCUCUCCACAGCCCUUCUGUUCCAUGUUCCACCAUCUACACCUCUCCACAGUCCUUCUGUUCCAUCUACACCUCUCCACGGCCCUUUUGUUCCAUCUACACCUCUCCACGGCCCUUCUGUUCCAUCUACACCUCUCCACAGCCCUUCUGUUCCACCAUCUACACCUCUCCACGGCCCUUCUGUUCCAUCUACACCUCUCCACGGCCCUUCUGUUCCAUCUACACCUCUCCACGGCCCUUCUGUUCCAUCUACACCUCUCCACGGCCCUUCUGUUCCACCAUCUACACCUCUCCACGGCCUUCUGUUCCACAAUCUACACCUCUCCACGGCCUUCUGUUCCACCAUCUACACCUCUCCACAGCCCUUCUGUUCCACCAUCUACACCUAUCCACGGCCUUCUGUUCCACCAUCUACACCUCUCCACGGCCCUUCUGUUCCACCAUCUACACCUCUCCACGCCCUUCUCCCUUCUGUUCCACCAUCUACACCUCUCCACGGCCCUUCUGUUCCACCAUCUACACCUCUCCACGGCCUUCUGUUCCACCAUCUACACCUCUCCACAGCCCUUCUGUUCCAUCUACACCUCUCCACAGCCCUUCUGUUCCACCAUCUACACCUCUCCACGGCCCUUCUGUUCCACCAUCUACACCUCUCCACGGCCUUCUGUUCCACCAUCUACACCUCUCCACGGCCUUCUGUUCCACCAUCUACACCUCUCCACGGCCUUCUGUUCCACCAUCUACACCUCUCCACGGCCUUCUGUUCCACCAUCUACACCUCUCCACGGCCUUCUGUUCCACCAUCUACACCUCUCCACGGCCCUUCUGUUCCACCAUCUACACCUCUCCACAGCCCUUCUGUUCCACCAUCUACACCUCUCCACGGCCCUUCUGUUCCACCAUCUACACCUCUCCACGGCCCUUCUGUUCCAUCUACACCUCUCCACGGCCCUUCUGUUCCAUCUACACCUCUCCACGGCCCUUCUGUUCCAUCUACACCUCUCCACGGCCCUUCUGUUCCACCAUCUACACCUCUCCACGGCCCUUCUGUUCCACCAUCUACACCUCUCCACGGCCCUUCUGUUCCACCAUCUACACCUCUCCACGGCCCUUCUGUUCCACUCUACACCUCUCCACGGCCCUUCUGUUCCAUCUACACCUCUCCACGGCCCUUCUGUUCCAUCUACACCUCUCCACGGCCCUUCUGUUCCAUCUACACCUCUCCACGGCCCUUCUGUUCCAUCUACACCUCUCCACGGCCCUUCUGUUCCACCAUCUACACCUCUCCACGGCCCUUCUGUUCCACCAUCUACACCUCUCCACGGCCCUUCUGUUCCAUCUACACCUCUCCACGGCCCUUCUGUUCCAUCUACACCUCUCCACGGCCCUUCUGUUCCACCAUCUACACCUCUCCACGGCCCUUCUGUUCCACCAUCUACACCUUUGA